CAUUACAUGCACGGAACCAUUUCUAUGGUUCAGCAUUUGACAUUGAGGUACCGUUCUGAUUUGGGGUAAUAAUAAUUUACAUUUUACCCUUGGAAAGAACGGAUGAGAAUUUAUAUCCGCUCAACCAACUUUCAGUUGUGGUUGGUCAUCAAGAAUGGCGAGGAAACUCCAACGAAGAAGGUCGGUGAAAAACUCGUCCCAAAGACCGAGGACAAAUUUGAUGCCGAGGAUAUCAAAAAGGUGGAGAACUACGCCAAGGCAAUCAACAUGCUGUACUGUGCAGUCAAUCCUGAUGAUUAUCGCAAGAUCUCUUGCUGCACCACUGCAAAAGAAAUGUGGGACAAGCUGGAGGUCACAUAUGAAGGUACGGACCAAGUUCGGGAAGCCAAAAUUGACUUCCUAACGCAGGAGUACGAGAUGUUCAGGAUGAAGGAAGGCGAAAAGAUCGAUGAUAUGUUCGAUCGGUUUUCAAAGAUCAUCAACGACCUUCAUGCACUCAAGAAGACUUACGCUAACAAGGAUCUUAAGGGAUACCACGACCUCGACGAUCAACUGAAGGAGUCGGGUUUAUGGCCCUUCGUCUCUAAGAGCCGCACCUCGUUCAAUCCCGCCUAUGUCCGGGCCUUCUACUCCAAUCUCCACCGGGACGGGGAUACCAUCCGCAGUAGCAUCAAUCUCAAUGACAUAGAGUUUGACUUGGCUACUUUUGCUCGGGUUGCAGGGCUGCCCACCCGCGGUGACGACAUCGCGACAUAUGGUGGCGAUGAUUGGAUUCUCAACAACGAGGCGGAGGUCAUCCAAGAGCUUGGAAUCACCAACCUCAUCCGUCACAGCGGCGCACCAACCAUCCACUCAGCCCCGCCAGAAAAGCGUCUCCUACUCUACAUCCUCACCCGGAUUCUUCGCCCCCGGGACAGUAGCCACACCUCUCUCUCCAACGAGGAUCUCAAGGCGGUUCAUGCUAUCAUCCAUGGCGCCUCGAUCAAUUGGGCAAAAUACAUCAUGAUUCACAUGGCGGAUUGCGCCUCCAUCACCACCGAGCGGAGCUUGCCAUACGCCUUCCUCGUCAUGCACCUCAUCGUCUCCGCCGACAUCCACAUCACCGGGCCAAGCACGAAGAUGACGAAGAUUUGGAUCAUCCAAGAUAGCACCUUCCGGAAGAAGUCCGGAGACCAAGACGGCGCAGGACCAAGUCGGGCUCUAGCCCCCGCUCCCGCCAAGGCCUCCUUACAGUCCAUAGCCGAUACCCUGAAUCGGCUAACCAUCACCAUGGACGGCAUGGGCCAAUACUUGGAGCGGAUGGAUAGCACGCUGCAACGCCAACACCACGACAUGAAGGCGUUCUUCCGCGGCAUCAACUACGUCCCGCCGCCCUUUGACAGCACCUUCCUCGGCCAAAACUAUGAAGGCGAGGAUGAAGAGGAUAACUCCUAUGCACCUUCCUCCGCAUUUUCUCCUUUUUUUAAUGAAUAAAAGUUCACUUUUAAAUUCUCAAGUUUACUUUUAAUUCUUUUUGUUAAUGUCAAAAGGGGGAAGAUAUCUAGGUUAUGCAUAAAUUGAGGGGGAAUUU